CAGCACGCUUAAAGCUAAAGACUCUCCAACUUGAUAAAUAAUUAAAAGAGAAAAUACAGAAGAAAGAGGGAAAUCAGAUCACAGGCCAAUCGAAUUUCAUCAAAGCUCCGGUCACCGGCAUCACGUGUUCGUCUUCUACCGCGAGUUACGUGGCUGAUCCUGGUGUGAAACCAUGCUUUGACGCAAUUCCAAGAGCUCGAAACAUUCAUUAAUGGCAGUUUCCAAGUAUUCAUCGAACAAGUGUGAUCAAGAAAGUCUCAAGAAAUCGGAGCCGUUAAUUCCAGGUCUACCCGACGAGGUUGCUGAGCUUUGUCUUCUUCAUCUUCCUUACCCAUACCAAUCGUUGGUUCGUUCAGUGUCUUGUUCAUGGAACAGAGCCAUAACAGACCCUGCCUUCCUUCUCUGCAAGAGAUCCUUGUCACUUUCGCUGCAUUAUCUGUUCGUUUUGGCUUUCCAUAAAUCAACGGCCAGGAUACAAUGGCAAGCGUUUGACCCGCGGUCAGGGCGUUGGUUUAAAUUACCUUCCAUCUUUCUCAAGUCUGUUUGCCCACCAGGGUUUGCUUGUACUUCGAUUCCAAGUCAAGGCCAGCUCUACGUUUUGGGUGGUAUGCGGUCCGACACGGAAACUUGCAUGCAGACAACGAUCGUCUACACUGCAUCCACAAAUCAGUGGUCCACAGUGUCUCCAAUGACCACCCCGCGGUCUUUCUUCGCUGCGGGGAAUGUUAAUGGUAAGAUCAUAGCUGUCGGUGGAAGUGGGGCACCUCAUAAUGACUCCAUCACCUCCGUGGAAUGCUAUGAUCCACAGAAGGACACGUGGAAACCCAUGGCAAAAAUGCGGACGGUAUUGGCCAGGUACGAUUCCGCUGUGGUGGGUAACAAGAUGUACGUGACGGAAGGGUGGACGUGGCCUUUCCUGUUUUCGCCCAGAGGAAGGGUGUACGACCCAGACAACGACAUGUGGCGGGAAAUGCCGGACGGUAUGAAGGAAGGUUGGACCGGCGUCAGCGUAGUACUAGGUGACACGCUGUUUGUCAUUUCGGAACACGGUGACUGUCCGAUGAAGGUUUACGUCCCUGAUCAUGAUGCUUGGCAGUACGUGGCUGGUGAUAAAUUUCCACGUGAGGCAAUGCAAAGGCCUUUUGCUGUCAGCGGAGUGGAAGGAAAAAUCUACGUUGUCUCCAGUGGACUAAACGUGGCAAUCGGGAGGGUUUAUAGGGGACUCAACGGCGAGUUUUUAGCAGAGUGGCAAGUUACGGCUGCUCCCAAAGCUUUCCACGAUUUUUCUCCUUCUACUUGCCAAGUACUUUAUGCCUAAAAUAAUAUAUUUCAUAUUUAUUUGUAAAGUAUUUAUACUAUCAACAUUAUGAUUUGUGAUUGUAAUUGUAA